GUGGCAUCCUGUAGAAAGGGUGGGUCGACUUGAAUAGCCAGUUUCUGCGGUCUGUCCUACAGAAGAAAAAGGAAUAAAGAGGCUGAUAGCUGAGGAGCUUUAAAAGCUCAAUUUGUUUAAGGAAGAGACAGGAACUAAAGAGGGAUUCUACAGGCAAGCAUAUGAAAGGAGGGAGGCAGUUUUUUGAGUUUUAAGUUAUCUUUUGCCUGCUCACUCGUUCUCUGAAUAUUCUCCCCAGGAAGUCUGCAAAUGCAGCAGCUACGAGACAAAGAGGAGGGGUAAAUGAGGCUCCAAUUGCAGGAAUAGGCCCUCCCUGCCAAGCCGUCACUGCCGGCAGCCGCCCUUCCUGGUUUUACAAAAAAAUUAGCCCAUCCAAUCCUUUUAAGCAGCUGUCCUGCAGGAGCAAAGAAAGAAGCCUGGAAUCUCCCAUUUUCUUUCUUUUGUCUCAUGGAAUAUGCCAGCUCACCAACUUUGGGGCCCUACUGCUGCUUCAUGAAAGACAUCUGUUGAACUGAACUGGGACAGACUAAUUAAGGCAGCUGCCAACAGCACUAUUAUUGUUAUAAAGCCAGGGCUCUUUAUCUCCAAUCCAUCCAAAGCACCAUCAGUGGCAAUAGCAUAGUCAGCUUCAAAUUUCUGCUGCCACCACCUGAGAUUCCAGGUCAUAUUUCCACAGUCCGUUUCUUUAAUGACAAGAGCUAAAGAGAUGGGGGUGUCUUCGGUGCGUCGGAUGACCUUGUCUGUCAAGAAUCGCUCUCGUGGUACCAGUAACUCUAUGCUGCUGCCUUCCAUGUUGAUGUUUGGUGUAAUUGUGGCAUCUAGUGGCCUACUCCUCAUGAUUGAGAAGGGAAUUUUGGCUGAGAUGAAGCCUCCACCCCUCCAUCCCUCUGCUAAAGAAAUGUUUUGGAGAACUGGCAAUAGGAGAACAGCAGGAGAUAUGGAUUAUCAAGUGCUGCAGGACAUCCGAAAUAGGACAAUCCAUACCAUUUGCAGACAAAAAAACAUGCCUCGCACCAUUUGGGACCUAUCAGCAGGCCAGAGGAGAACAGUGCUCAAACAUAUCCUGGUUAGUGACAAACAUCGCUUUUUAUACUGUUAUGUUCCCAAAGUGGCUUGUUCCAACUGGAAACGAAUUUUGAAAGUUUUAGAUGGUGCGUUGGAGAAUGUAGAUGUUAAACUUAAGAUGGAUCAUAAAAAAGAUUUAGUUUUUUUAAAUGACAUGAAACCAGAUGAGAUUCGUUAUCGAUUAAAUCACUAUUUCAAAUUUUUGUUUGUCAGAGACCCAAUGGAAAGACUUUUGUCUGCUUAUAGGAAUAAAUUCGGUGAAAUUAAAGAAUAUCAGUUAAAAUAUGGUAUAGAAAUAGUCAAAAGGUAUCGGAAAAACCCCGGAAAAAGCAUGGGUGAUGAUGUCACCUUUUCUGAAUUUCUCCGGUAUCUCAUAGAUGAAGACAUAGAAAAAAUGAAUGAACAUUGGAUGCCAAUUUACAAUCUGUGUCAACCCUGUGCUAUAAAGUAUGAUUUCAUAGGUUCCUAUGGGAGACUUGAAGAAGAUGCCAAUUUUGUUCUUGAAAGGAUACAAGCACCAUCCUUUAUACAUUUCCCAGAAAGGCAAGCAUGGUAUAAGCCUGUAAGUCCGGAAAUUCUGCAUUAUUACAUGUGUAAUACUCCAAGAGAACUUAUAAAAGAGCUAUUACCAAAAUAUAUUCUGGAUUUCUCUUUAUUUGCAUAUUCCCUUCCAAAUGUUACUAAUCAGUUUUGCCGACAAUGAAAAUUUGUUUUGUGAAGCAAACAGUAUCCUAUGCAAUUUUUCUAAUUUUGUGGUUUACUUUUAAUACUUUUGAUAACAUCAAUUUACUAUACAUGCUAUCUUUUAAUAGCUUUAGAAACAAGGCAUUUUUGUAAUUGGAAAAUAGCAACUGUAGGACAGUAAGUUUUAAGAAGUUUGUAAUAGCAGGGGGGACAUAAAGCAAUAGCAAAACCUAGGCUUGUACAGAGAAAUCAGAAAAACCUGCUGAGUGUGCACCAUUUCACUUUUACUAAUACAAAUGUGAAGGCAGCCGUUUCGCACAAUAUUGCAUUAAAAUACAAUGACAUAGUGCUUUUAAGAUAGCUAAUGUAGCUACUAAGGCAGAUAGCAGCCCUAAUAUUUUUGAAAGCAAGUCACAUCCUGUUUUUAGACAUACUUCCAUAUAACAAGCAGAUGAUCAGGAUUUAAACUAAAUACAAUUUAUGUAAUGGCUUAAAAUAUUUAUCAAAGCUUAUAUGAGCACUGAAAUAUAGGAAAGGCCAUUAAUAAAGCUGGUUGAUAUGAUCAGCAAAAUUUAAUUAUCUAAAAUGGUUCACAAUGUUUUGAAGGGAAGGGUAGGAAGGGUGAAGGUAUGAGUUCGUAUAUGCAAUUCAAAUGUGUAACCUAUAUGUACUUUAUGUUCCCAUAAUGGACAUUGUAUUUUUCUUACUAUGAUAGUUUUGUAGGCUAUCAUGACUUUAUUUCCUUAUUGAAUGUAAAGUUGUUUGUGCUUUAUUUGUGAAAGAAAAUAUCUUUUGUAAUCUUAUCUCAGGAUUUACUUCUUGUAAAUUGUUACGAUUUUAGCAGCCUGAUUAUUCAGAUCAUCUGUUAAAUCAUUUGUUAAAUUCUGAUUAUCUACCUGAAUUGUUUAUGAUCAUUUCAUUCCCUAGAAAGAAUAAAGCAAUUUACCUUUGCACAUGACUUUGCACGUUGGACAGGUAUGUGUAUCACUGAACUGCUUUUACCACAGAAACAAAUCUAAUGUCAGAUACAAUAGUAGAGGAUACUGUACAAUAUAAUAUUCAAUAUUUUGUGUAUAGACUAGAGGACUCCCUUCUUUUGCUUCAAACAUGAAAAAGUCUUAAGAUUAACAAACUCAAUAGCUUUAAUUUUCAGAUGAUUAUACUUUUUCCAUUUAAAAAAAGUGUAUUUACUUGGAAUUGUAUUUUGCCUUUUACUAUGAAUUUUUAAAGUAAAAAAAUAAAAAAACCUAUCAUUAUAA